AUGGAUGUGGUGGGAGAAAAUGAGGCCUUGCAGCAGUUCUUUGAAGGGCAAGAUGUCAAUGGAACCUUGGAAAAUGCCAUGAUGGAUACAAGCCUGUUGGAAGAAUUCAUUAGUAGUGACAUAGAGUUUGGAACUUUACAAAGACAGUUGCCAGACUCCCCACCAGACUCUGGAUCAGAACCAUAUUCCCCACCACAGCUACAAACCCCAUGGUGUGAUGCUCUGCGGCCCAGUGGGCUGCAGCCUCCACUCACAUGCCCAUCUGUCGUGGCACCCAGCAAACUUCCCUGCAGGUUCAUGGAGCCUUACUCUGACCCCAACGCCACGGGAUAUCCUUGCACCAUCUCCCAAAGCUGCUGCCUGAAGACAGAAAACACUGUGACUCCAUGGAAUCAUUCUACAUCCUCCAGCUUUUUGGGUUUUAAUUAUUCAUACUUCCAGCCUAAUGCGUCUCAGUUUUCUGGUAUUUCUGCAGCAUCAAGCAAAAAAAGGAAGCUCUCCCAAUUACUAGGAGAUGGGACUGAAUCUCCAAUACAGUCUCAGGAUUCCAGACAAGCAACUGUAAAGGACUGUGCUGCUGAAGUGCAAGAAUAUGACAGUGAUGGACACAAUGCAGCUUUGGAAAAAUGCUGUCAAGCCCUUACAUGGCAACCAUAUCAGACUUCUCAGUGGAACAGCUUAUUUGACUCUUAUUAUGAAAAACUACCUGCUGUAGGAUAUCACAUUGUCACAGAUAAAGGAUUUAAUUUUUCAACAGCAGAUGAUGCCUUUGUGUGCCAAAAGAAGAAUCAUUUCCAAAUCACAGUUCAUAUUAGAAUCACUGGACAUCCAAAAUAUGUCAAAACUCAGCAGGGGAGGAAACCAAUAGAAAAGUUUUACUUGAAAGCUUAUGGCAUUAAGGUUGAAGCUCCAAAUCAAACAAUUGCUAUUGAACAGUCUCAAUCAGAUCGAAGCAAAAAAACUUUUCAUCCUGUUAAAGUUGAUCUGCCAGGGGACCAGAUAACUAAAGUAACACUGGGACGGCUGCAUUUCAGUGAAACAACAGCAAAUAAUAUGAGAAAAAAGGGGAAACCUAAUCCUGACCAGAGAUACUUCAUGCUGGUAGUUGGACUGUAUGCUGUCUCUCAGGACCAGUUCUACUUACUAUCUGCAAAUGUCUCUGAAAAGAUCAUUGUGAGGGCAUCUAACCCGGGGCAGUUUGAGAAUGACAGUGAUGUGCUGUGGCAGCGAGGAUGCGUUCCAGAGACGAUAGCCUAUCAUGGUCAAGUAGGAAUUAACACAGACGCACCAGACGAGGCACUGGUUGUCUGCGGAAACGCAAAGGUUAUGGGCAGAGUCAUGCACCCAUCUGACAGCCGAGCAAAGCAGAAUAUCCGGGAGGUCGAUACAAAUGAGCAGUUGAGAAGAAUAACACAAAUGAGGCUGGUGGAAUAUGACUACAAGCCUGAAUUUGCAUCUGUUAUGGGCAUAAAAGAUACCCAUGAAACAGGAAUAAUAGCCCAGGAAGUGAAGAGGCUUUUACCUGAAGCUGUUAGAGAAGUUGGAGACGUUGCUUGUAAUGAUGGAGAAAAAAUAGAAAACUUCCUCAUGGUUGACAAGGAUCAGAUCUUUAUGGAGAAUGUUGGUGCUGUAAAGCAGCUUUGUAAACUAACAAACAAUCUUGAAGUCAGAAUAGAAGAAUUGGAACAGUGGAACCGGAAGCUGGCCAGGCUGAAACGGAUGAACAGUUUAAAAUCAACAGUCAGUGAAGAGAGCAAAGUCAGCAGGUAUAGUCGAGCUAAUAGUCUCUUGCCAUCAAUAAAAUCAGUCCCGCUAAAAUCCAGGAAGGUUUGUUUGUCAAAGACCAAAGAAUCUUGCUCUGUGAAGAUUUUCCGGGUGACUAUAAUAGCUUUGCUUGCUAUUAUGGCACUAUGUGCUUUGACAAUAUGGAGCCUGUAUUUACUUAGCAUUCAUGACCAUCGUUUUGAAAAAAAGCCGGCUUACAGCAGUACCUCAAGUUCUGUUCUAGUCUCUCCCUCUACCACCACAGCAGCAUUGCCGAGGGAAAGCACAGUUUCUCAGAGCACACAGCCCAUCAGCAAGAUCCCUGAAGUGAAUUUCUGUGACAUUUUGCCUUGUGACAAGGUGUACUGCUGUCCAAUUCAUCAACCAAAAGUCAAAUCUCUAAAUUAUGAAAAAUACAAUGCAAAAGAAAAAUGGAACAAAAGUGACAUGUUACCCAAACGAGAUCCACUCAAAAAACCUGGUGGAAAACCUGAUCUUGGAAAACCUGAUCUUGGAAAUGACUGGAUUGAUACGACAAUCAGUUCCAUACAGAUUUUGGAAACUCAGCAAAGCAUCGACAAUCGCUAUUGUAGUAAAAAUCUGCAGUGCAGCUCUGGAAACUACAGCUAUGUUAUUCCUAUUAACAAACACACACCCAUGGAUGUAGAAAUCUCACUGGAAAUAAACACCACAGAACCAUUGAUUAUAUUUCUCUGCAAAGUCACAUUUGGAAAUUAUUGCUCCCAUUAUUCUUCAAGCCAAAACAGUAGGAAGGAUUUCCAAGAAACCACACAGGGACGCCAGCACAUCUGGGCUCUCCCGGUAGCUAAGUUGUAUGACAGCGCGUACUCUUUCCGCGUAGCCGUGCCGGGUUUUGCUAGCUGCUCAACAGACCGUUACUUUGCUGGAAUGUUUUUUACUGAUUACUACUUCUACUUUUAUCGGCAGUGUAACUAAAAUGUUGCAAAUAUUCUGUUCUUUGGGGAAAAGAUGAGGAAACACUUAAUAUGAAAAAGAGACUUGCAA